GCCAUACUUCUAACUUCCGGGUAACCUGUUUGUGGGGAACCUGCGCGUGCGCAUUAGUGUUGUAUCUGUCAGGCUUCUGUGAGGAGAGGGAUAUUCUGUUAAAUAGUGUGUAAUCGGCGAGGAACAAACAAUGGAUAGUGAAGAGGCUCCAGCUCAGCGGCCAGUCACAUUGGACAUUACAGUGGAGGAUGUCAUCCGAGAGGCUCCAUCUCCAGAGCCAUCGAGCCAGGUACCUGCCAAAGAUUACCUUCUGGCACAGGGAGAGAGCAUCGACCUAGGUGGAGAGUUUGCAACACCCCAGGCCGACAGCUGUGCUUCGCCCUUAGAAAGCCUGAUGGACAAGCUCAAUGACCAGAUGAUGGAGAGUGUCAUGAUCUCUGAUUCGCCAAAUAACAGCGAGGAGGAGGAUGUCGCUCCUAUUGACUCAUUUCUGGAUGGGGACCCGACUGAGGAAAAUGAAGGAAAUAUAAAAUGUGACAUUGAUGAACAAGCCAAGUGUUUGACCAUUACAACUGAGAUUGAAGUUUCAACUGUGCAGCAGAAUGAAGAUUCUGAGUUUAAAGGGAUGCAAGAGACAAACAUCCAAGAACAUUUCACACCAUGUAUGUCCUCUCACCCUGACAGUCUGAGUGCAUCAAGUCUUAAAUGUGAGGAACCAACUUUAGAAAAGGGCACACAUCUCAAAGAGGAACCGGUGCCAGUGUGCACCAUAUUUAGCCAGGGUAAACACCCACAUUCAUUAAUACCAGAUGGCUUCCAGCCCACCCUGAUCAAGUCUCCAAGCUUCAGUUUGGGGAGCGGCGGGGGAACUGAUGAGGCAGUGACACCCAGCAAGUUGACUACUCCGCUUGUAUGCCAACCCAGCCCCAGCCUCAGCAAGUUUUUUACUGACAACGGACAGACUAAUCCAGCCUCUGACUUUUUUGAUUCCUUCAUGGCCCCCUCCUCCUUCAUUUCAGUAUCUAACCCCAAUGCAGAGAUUCUUCCACGCCCAAAAACGCCGAAAACACCCAUAGCCACCACUCCUGAGCACCAGCUCUCUUCCCCGUCCUUCUCCACUCUUAGUGUUCCCACUGCCAAUUCAGCUCAAGUGUCCGUACCUACUGAAUUCACAGAAAAGCAUCAACCUCCUUUUGCCCAAACAGCCCCAGCUCUGAGUCAACCCCUGCCACCAUCUCCGACAUCUCAGUCACAGCCCUUCAAUCAGCUCCAGGCUGUGUUCUCAGGAAGUGACGAUGCAUUUGCAAAAGCGAUAAGCCUGAGUGAGGUGGAUAGACGCCAUGAUGCAUGGUUGCCAUCUGAGGAGACCAGGAAGUCAUUGAUCUCUGUGGCCACCCAGCAGUAUGGUCCAGCAUAUGGAGAGAGCAACAGACACACCAUGCCUGGUCUCAAGUUCGACAACCUGCAGGGGGACGCUGUAAAAGAUCUAAUGCUUCGAUUUUUGGGGGAACAGGCGGCCAUGAAGCGCCAAGUUCUCACUGCCAGCUCUGUGGAACAGUCCUUUGUUGGUCUCCAACAGCUUAUUAGCAGCAAGAACUGGCGAGCGGCGGUGGAUCUGACAGGCCGUCUUCUGACUGCUCAUGGUCAGGGAUAUGGAAAAGCUGGACAACUCACUUCCCAUACCACUAACUCACUGCAGCUUUGGUUUGUACGUUUGGCCCUUCUUACCAAGCUGAAACUCUUCCAAAACGCUGAACUGGAAUUUGAUCCUUUCGGCGAUUUGGAUCAACUUGACCUCUUCUAUGAGUUCUACCCCACUAUUUACCCUGGGAGACGAGGAUCCAUGGUGCCGUUCUCCAUGCGUUUGCUGCAUGCUGAGCUUCCCCAGCACCUGGCUAAGCCUCAGGAGGCUCUGGACCGCCUGCACAACCUCAAAACUGUCUGCGUCACAAUAUUGGAGAACUUGGAGAAAUGCUUGGCUGAAGAUGGCAGCAUGAGCUCUCUCACAGAGGAGAAUAGAGAAGAAUCUGUAAAGCUGUGGCGAUCUCGUCUCAGUCGGGUCCUCUACUCCACGGCUAACUGUCUGCUCAUGAUGAAGGAUUAUGUUCUGGCUGUGGAGGUCUACCAAUCUAUUAUCCAGUAUGAACCCCAGCAGAGAGUGCAGCUGCUCAGUGGCAUAGGACGCAUCUUCUUGCAGAUCGGAGAUAUUAAGACAGCUGAGGUGUAUUUCCGGGAUGUGGAGCAAGCCUGCCAGAUGACAGACGUCAAUCCCAGCCUCACAACAUGUGUUCUGAUGAACAGAGCAUUUGUACAUCUCAGUCAGAACAACUAUGCUGAAGCUCAUGCGGCCUUCAUUGAAGUUCUAAAGAUGGACCCCAAAAACCCUGUGGCUAACAACAAUGCAGCGGUGUGCCUGCUCUACCUGGGCCGGCUCAAGGAGUCUCUGGGCAAGCUGGAAGGCCUGGUUCAACAGGACCCAGCACUCUACCUCCAUGAGAGUGUGCUCUUCAACCUGACCACUAUGUACGAGCUGGAAUCAUCGCGCAGCACCCAGAAAAAGCAGGCACUUUUGGAGGCCGUGGCCUGUCGAGAAGGUGACAGCUUUAACACUCAGUGCCUCAAACUGGCCUGACAAGUAAGACGAGGACUGGAGGGGGGAAACAGUAUCACACCUUCUACUGGUAAAAUUAUGUUCUUUGCUUGAAUUGGUUUCUCAAAAGUGGUUUACUCUUGACAGUACAUCAUCUAUAAUAAUUACAUUUGUUAACUUCAGUCUGUCAGGAAUGUGUUCACAUUUUUGGAAAUACACACAUUUAUAUGUGAAGAGUUACCAUAAAUGGCAGUUUAGUUUGGCUCUGUCCACACAACACAACAUCAUUAUUAACAACAAUACUGAACUUCUUGAACAAGACUACCCAAAUUACUCCAUAAUGCUUAAGAAAUACACAAUUUUUUUUUUAUUAAAUCAACAAGGUAGUCAGGAAAAUGGUUCAUUACGGAACUGUACAAUCUUUCACUUUUUGUUUGAUCAUUUUGCUUUAUAAUAGCGUUAGCAUAUUUGAUUGUUAAAUGUGUGGCUGUUUUAACUGUCAUGUUAUAGGCUGCUAGCAAGAUUAACAGUUCUCUCAGUCAGGCAGGAAGUCACAAUAUUGCAAUGAUGAUACUUUACGUGUUAGGAUGCAUACAUUGGGGCAGCUAUUUUUCCAGCAUACUCUUGAUACCAAGAUAAUUACCUCUGCUAGGUAAUCAUUUACAGUGGAAGUACUGUCUGUCAAACAUCACAGAUACAUUGCACUACGCCUGCAGUGGUGAUUUUAAAGAGAGGACUUGACACGGGCAUUAUGCUAAGAGCCAUUCUCCAAGACUAAUAAGCAUGCACAAGUCCAUACAAAGCUUCUCCAUGUAAGCAGACACCUGUAAUAUGGGAUUUACGGUCUGAUCCCCCUUUUUCUUGCUGGGGUUUAAGUCAGACAAUAUUCACUGCUAUUGCAUUGCAACUUGUCCAAAACAUAAGUUAAUAUCAAAUUUAGUUGAGCUUUGUCUGAGAUCAUAAAUGUCAAGUGUUUCCAUAUUGUGUUGAUUGUAACAGAUUAUGUCUUAACCUUAAUAAAAGAAACAUUUUAAUUAAAAACAUGUUUUAUGUAAAAAAAAAUUCUCGAAAGCAAUGAUGAAGCAGUCCAUAUAAUUAUUAGACGAAUACAUUGUUACAAUGAAAUAUCAGUGGAAACACUGGGUGUUGGUUGCAUUCAUUUCUUUACUAUGAAGCUGUAUGCUGUGUAGUGCUGGAAAAUAUCUAGUUACUGUAGCUGUUAUAAAUUCCCUUUGUCAGUGAUGAAUAUAGAAGAUAAAGAUCCCUAUGUAAUAUGUUAAUUGUUGAAUAUAAUUGAUAAUAUUAUUGUUGACAUAAACAAGUUAAUUUAGCCAUGCACCUUUAAGUUGGGUCUGUUUUAGUCAGGCAGUUUACCGGGCAGCUAUGUUUAUGUUUCCAGGGUAAUUGAGUCAGCGUGUUUAACAGUGUGUAUGUGAGGCGUACUUACCUGCUGAUGAAAAAGUUACACAGAAAGAAGUUGAAACGUAAAAACGGUGUCAUUAUUCCCUACGCUCACGGGUGAAGAGUACCAGCACAACAACAACAUCAGUUUAUCCACAUGGUUCUUUUAUAAUAGCAAUUUUAAAAUAUUUGAGAUAUUUAUUUGACCACAGCACAAGUUAUUUUUUUGCAUUUCCCACAAAUCAUCAAAAUGUAUUGACUGCUAAGUAGGUCAACACUUUGUCUAAGAUUUAAAAUUAUUCAUGUGUGGUUACUGCAUUGUGUUUACCUUAUUUUUCCAACUAUAAACCGCAUCUGUAUAUAACCCGCACCUACUACAUUUUAGAAGAAUUUAUUUUAUUUUAUAUUAGCCACACCGGACUUUAGGCCACAUAUAAUGAAGUGAAGUGAAUUAUAUUUAUAUAGCGCUUUUCUCUAGUGACUCAGCACUUUACAUGGUGAAACCCAAUAUCUAAGUUACAUUUAAACCAGUGUGGGUGGCACUGGGAGCAUGUGGGUAAAGUGUCUUGCCCAAGGACACAACAGCAGUGACUAGGAUGGCGGAAGCUGGGAUCGAACUGUAACCUUCAAGUUGCUGGCACGGCCGCUCUACCAACCGAGUAUAUAUCCAUAUAUAAAGUGUGUGUGUGAGUGUAUAUAUAUAUAUAUUUUUUUUUUUUUACAUACCUGAAUUGUUUCCAAACCAUGCCUGUAAAGCAGCUGAUCAACCAUAACAGAAAAGCUAUUGAUGUCUUUAUUCAUCCUAUUUGAGAUUAAUAAAAUGUUCUCCUUUUUUAAUAAGAUUUUAAAA